AAACACACACACACACACACACACACACACACACGCCCACGCCCACUCCGUAGACCCAUAUAAAUCCCGUUGGUCUGCCCAUCCGAGGCCGCCCCAUCCUCCCGCCAAGCCUCCGCAGGGAGAUCGCGCUGGUCGCAUCUGCAGCCCCUCGCCGCCGCCCAGGACCAUGGCCACGGAGAGCGCCGGUCCCACGGCCGACCAGCUGGAGAUCCUGGAGCACAGCUUCAACAAAGUCAACAAGCACCCGGACCCCACCACGCUCUGCAUCGUCGCUGCCGAGGCGGGGCUCACCGAAGAGGAGACCCUGAAAUGGUUCAAGAAGCGCCUUGCCCAGUGGCGACAGUCCGAGGGGCUUCCUUCCGAGUGUGGCUCAGUGACCGACUGACCGGGACCCAGGCCCGGCUCCCUCUGCCACCCAAAGACCCCUGUGGCACCGGGGCUUGCUGUCAACGAAGGCCAGCGUUUGCUAUUAACACAGUGUUUUUUUCCCAGUGUACAUAACCCGCAGAGAACAAUGAGUGCAGGAGAGGCAGUGUAGCUCAGGGUGCAACCCACAUGGCCUGGUGUAGGGGCAGCAGCAAAUGCUGCAGCUCUGGCCGACCCCCUCAGAGCAUCUUGCCCUUCUCCGACUGCUCUCUCGAUACAUUUUCCCACUGUUCGUGUCCACAUAAGUGGGCCAGUUCUCAACUUAUCUGCUGUCCCCCCAUCCCCUGGCCAGAGUCCCUCUCCCAUCCACGGAGCCCUGAAGAAUUGCCUCCAACACUCCUUAUUUAAAUGCACUUAUUAAAUUAAUUUCGCUAAAUGAACUAUUUUUUUUCCUGAGGUAGUGAUAUUCAUAAUAAAACCAUAAUGUUAUUGGAACUUGA